AUGUUUUUCACCUUACUUUUUGGUUCUUUAGUAGCGCACAGUUAUGAAAAAAAGUGCAACAAUAGUUCCUUAGAUCCUGACUAUAUCUGCUGCAAUGACAUUAGUUGUAAAGAACAAGAUUCUACCCGAAUAAUUUAUCAAAUAUGCAAUAAUGAGCACUCAUUUUUAGCAUUUAUUACAGCUUUUUGUAUUCCUACAAUUUUAUUUUGGAUUUUAUCAUGUAUUACAAAAACAAACGUACCAAAAUGUACGUGGAUUACAAAUAUCACAAUCAAUGUUGUAUUUAGUGCAGUUAUCACAUCAAUCUAUUGUUCAAUUAAUUUUCCUGAUUCACUUAUUCCAUUGGCGAUUUUGAAGUCAGGUGGAAUUACAGCUUUAAUCUAUAUAUACAUUUCUAGCAGAAUAUCUCCAUGUGCAAUUAAAGUUAGUUAUUAUGAUCUUAUCAAAGAACAGCAAAUGAUAAAUCAUACACUUCAAGCUAAAAAAUGCUGUUCAUGUUGUGUUACAGCGCCACAUGAUCCUUUCAAACCAAGAACAAAACUUUGUGGAAUUGAUGAAGAUUCAGCUGAAAACACCUGCGAUUGCACUAGAUUCAUUAAAGAAUCCGAAUCUAUUCGAGUGACCAAAGAAGAGCUCAAAGCUAUCAUGACUGAAAAUGCCAACAUUCCGCCGACACCACAAGCCAAGGGAAUUUCAUUUUACUUGCAUAAAGGUGCACAUGUACUUCAUUCUGCAAUGGAGCCAAUACAAUACGCGACCUGGUAA